AUGUUAGUUAACACUGUAUUUGGAUGGAUAGUAACAGGAGCGCUUCCAAUUGAUAAUAAUAAAACAAUCAUGUGUAACCUUUCAAGUCAUAUUCCUGAAGAUGACCAGUUAAAGAAAUUCUGGGAAAUUGAAGAAAUAAAAGGUAGUAAUCAAUUUUUAUCUCAAGACGAUAUUGUGUGUGAGUCUUUAUUUAACGAAAAUACUUUCCGUAUAGAAAACGGUCAGUUUGUAGUAAAAUUCCCGUUAAAACAAUCCCCAGAACUAUUGGGCAGGUCUAAACCCGAAGCAAUUAGAAGAUUUAAGACAUUAGAAAAACGGUUCGCGGAUGUUCAAUUUAAACAAUUAUACAUCGAUAUUCAAGAAUAUGAAACUUUAGGUCAUAUGACUAAAUUAACUAUUGAACCCGAUGGAAUUAAAUACUUUUUACCACAUCAUGGUAUUUUAAAAGAAAUGAGUACGACAACUCGUUUACGCGUAGUUUUUGAUGGAAGUUGUAAGACGUCUACAGGGUGGUCGCUUAACGAUCUACAAUAUAUCGGCCCUAAAGUUCAGAAUGACAUUAUAAACAUUCUUUUACGAUUCAGAACAUAUAAAUUCGUGGUUUCCGCUGACAUAUCAAAAAUGUAUUGUCAAAUUCUCAUAGAUCGAGAGCAUAGACCUUUACAACAGAUACUAUGGCGUGAUAACCACAAAAGUAACUUUUGCACUUAUCACUUGAAUACAGUUACAUAUGGAACUCGAUCCGCUCCACAUCUGGCUAUCAAGUGUAUUAAGACGCUAGCGGAACACAAUAUGAAUCAAUACCCCAAAACCUGUGAAACAAUACUAAAGGACAUGUACGUGGACGAUUUGUUGACCGGUUCUAACGAUUUAAUAGAAUUACAAAAAUUAUGCAAAGACAUAUAUGAUGUCUUAUCAUCAGCUAAUUUCAUUUUAAGAAAGUGGAUUUCUAAUAAUUUUCAAUUAGUUUGUGGCUUCAAAGAUAACAAUAUCUCAAAUGCAAUUUUAGAUAUAGGUGAUAAAGAAAGUUGUAAAACUUUGGGAAUCCAAUGGGACAAUAAAAAUGACAUUCUAAAAUAUACAAUUAAACAAUUUACCCAUCGAAACACAAUUACUAAACGUCACAUUCUUUCAAUUAUUGCUCAAAUUUACGAUCCUUUAGGGUUAUUGAGCCCUUCAAUAGUUAUUGCAAAAUUAAUAAUACAGAAAUUAUGGUCCCUACACAUUAGAUGGGAUGAGCCUAUUCCACAAGAUAUAGAACAAACUUGGUAUCGAUUUCAGAAUGAACUUGGCAGUUUAAAUCAAUUAUCUAUUCCUAUAAAUGCUAUUUAUUUAAACUAUGUACUUACAGAUGUCCAUUGCUUCUGCGAUGCAUCGAGAGAUGCAUAUUCAUGUUGCAUAUACUUACGUAGUGUUGUUGAUAGCGGAAAUUAUAACGUUCAAUUACUAUGUGCCAAAACCAAAGUGUUGCCACUGAAGACAAUAACAAUUCCAAAACUUGAAUUGUGUGCUUGUCUUCUAGGAGCACAACUAGUAAAUACUGUGGUCAAUGCCCUCAAUUUAAAAAAUAUUCAUUAUUGUUUGUGGUCCGAAUCUCAAGUGGCCCUAUGUUGGAUUAACACGGAACCCAAUUUAUUACAGACCUUUGUUGCUAAUCGCGUAUCUAAAAUACAAUCUCUCACGAACAUUGAAAAUUGGAGGUAUGUUAGUACUAAGGAAAACCCUGCAGAUUUAGCAUCUGAGGUAUAA